UACCCUUCUGCUUCCCACAAUUAAAUCACUCCCUACACUAUCCAACCAAUCAUUUCAAUUCAUUCCCUUUCUGUCCAGAUCAAAUCGUUUCCAAACAAUUAAUAAAAAAAAUUACAUUUUUCAUUCCCAAAACUGAAUGCCCCAAUCUUCUGAACCCUAAGGUUAGUUAACAACCGCAUAUGGUUGGCGUGAAAGAAGCCUUCUUCAGUUUGUAGUCGCAUCGAGGCUUGUGUGUGUGGCUGGAGUUUGCGUGUAUGUUUUCUUAUUGCGACUCUGUGUGGCUUGAACAUUACAUGUUUGAUAGAAUGCCAAAUCUAGUGGCAUGAAUGAAUUGGUAAUCGGUUGAGUUUUCUUUUCACUCGUCAUGUCACUAGGCUGAGAUUUCAGGCCAACAUUUGAAUUCUGUGACCAAUAAUAAUGACUACGGUCCAGAGUGAGGGGGCAGCAAAAGGAACUGCCACAACUGACAAAGCAUUCAAAAGAUGGGGAAGGAGAAGCCCAUUUUUGAGAUACGGCCUUCCUAUGAUCUCUCUCACUGUCCUCGGCUCAAUAGGCCUUGCCCAACUCUUGCAAGGCAGCAAGGAUAUUGCAAGGGUGAAAGAUGAUCAAGAGUGGGAAAUAAUUGAAACAAGAAAAGCAUUGUCUAGGACAGGACCAGUGCAUGCGUACAAUCCAAAACAGAUUUCCUUGGACGAUGAGCUAAAGGCUUUGCAACAAAAGGUGGACAUUAACAGCUAUGAAUACAAGAAAAUUCCUAAACCAAAUGAAGGCAAUCAAGACUAGUGUAGAGUUGCGGAUUGGAAACAACUUUUGUCAGAAUUUCUCAUGUACCGUUCUGGAAAUAAACUUUUAUGGAGUCAAAAGCUAAUUCCAUCUUGCUAGUGAAGUUGGUAUGGCCCUUCAUCUUUAGUGUUUUGACUUUUGCUUACGACAUUAUGGGAGUUGAAGUUGAGAUAAAAUUUUGAAAUUUGUGUACCAAUGAUUUUUAAGUACGGUGCUGGGAAUAGAUAAAGGUACUCGCUUGGCUCUAAGGGUGAAAAAGUGUAAAUGUUUCUUGUCAUGUUUUA